GGCCCCGGAGUGGUUAAGAGGCGGGCUCAGGGGCCGCUCCCAUUGGCUGGCGUCAAGGCAGUGCGCAGGCGCAUUGUUGAGAAAACGAAAGACGACGGAGGAAGAAGCUCUGUGUGAUCCCGACAUUGCCGAGAGCGAUCCCGGGGCCCGCAGCGGCAGCGACGCGGGAUCGACACACGGGCAGCCAGAGGGAGCGCCUUCGCCUCACCCAACGGCCCCGUCUCGGGUCUGCCGGGUCACAGCGCUGUGUCCUGUUCGUCAGCCGCCGGCUGGCCAUUUCCCCCAGUUCUAGCCAGCUGAAAAGCUAACUGGGUGAUAGACAUCAAGAUGGCGGGUGAAAAUGAAAACCCAAAUCCAGGCUCCCGAAUCAUGACGUUCUAUCCAACCAUGGAGGAGUUCCGCAACUUCAAGCGAUACAUUGCGUACAUUGAAUCACAAGGGGCGCACCGAGCUGGGCUAGCGAAGGUGGUUCCUCCGAAGGAAUGGAAACCACGGACUUCAUAUGAUGACCUGGAUGAUCUUGUGAUUCCAGCGCCAAUUCAACAAGUGGUAACUGGGCAGUCUGGACUCUUCACCCAAUAUAAUAUACAGAAGAAGCCAAUGACUGUCAAAGAAUUCAGACGUAUUGCAAACAAUGACAAAUACUGUACUCCCCGCUAUACAGACUUUGAAGAUCUGGAGCGCAAAUACUGGAAGAACCUGACUUUCAAUGCCCCCAUAUAUGGGGCAGAUGUGAAUGGAUCUCUGUAUGACAAGCACAUAGAGGACUGGAACAUCGGCCACCUGAACACAAUCCUGGAUGUGGUGGAGCGGGAGAGCGGGAUCACCAUAGAGGGAGUGAACACGCCAUACUUGUAUUUCGGCAUGUGGAAAACCUCCUUCGCUUGGCACACUGAAGACAUGGACUUGUAUAGCAUCAAUUACCUGCACUUUGGCGAGCCCAAAUCAUGGUACACUAUUCCACCAGAGCAUGGCAAGAGGCUGGAGAGACUGGCCAAAGGUUUCUUCCCUGGUAGUGCUCAGAGCUGUGAAGCCUUUCUCCGCCACAAGAUGACUGUCAUUUCCCCAUUCAUCCUCAAGAAGUAUGGCAUCCCCUUCGAUAAGAUCACGCAGGAAGCUGGGGAAUUCAUGGUCACUUUCCCCUAUGCAUACCAUGCUGGCUUCAACCACGGAUUCAACUGUGCAGAGUCCACUAAUUUUGCCACAUUACGAUGGAUUGAUUACGGCAAGCAGGCUGUUCUGUGUUCCUGCAGAAAAGACAUGGUGAAAAUCUCCAUGGAUGUCUUUGUGCACAAGUUUCAGCCUGAGCGGUAUAAACUCUGGAAAGUUGGAAAGGACAGCCUAGCCAUUGACCACUCCCUGCCCACACCGGAGGCUGCAGAAUUUGUAGAUGAACAAACCGAGUCAGAACAGAAGAAAAGUGUGACAAAACACCGCAUAGGAACCAAGAGGCACAGGGUGUGUUUGGAGGUUCCUAAAGAACUUGACCAGAACGAUGACUUUAAGAAUGAACUGUGUCCUGUCCAGUGUGAUAUGGAGACCUCCUGCGUGGAAGAAACCAAAGAGUGCCUGGAAGAAGAUAUGGAACCAGGCUCAUCUGGUCAGCAGUUUGAAACAUUGAAAAAUGUUGAAAGUUUUGCCCUAUCUGGAAACGACACUCCACUCUCUGACCCCGGAAGUCCCUCCAGCAGCUCGGACAGCUCUGAGAUGUCGUCCUCGUCCUCCUCCUCACAAGACAGCUCUGAGUCAUCAGACUCUGACUCGGAUGGACAGCAGGAAUUUAGCCCUGGGAAGUCCCGCAGUGUGCACAGCUAUGCCAAGGAGCAGUGUAAGGAAGGCGUCUGGAAGAAAAGUAGCACCUUGGGCUGCGUCGGAGAACAGGAUCUGGAAGUGGUGGCCAAGAAGCACAUGAACUCUCUGCAUGAGAACCACAAUGCCAAGAGUCGUAGGCAGCCUCUGUCCAAGCUCCCACGUUACCACCCUCUAGUGAUGAAGGACAGUGGCAGCGAUGAUGACCAGCCAGACCAACUGCUCAUGGAUGAGGAGUUUGAAGAGACUGAGACCUGGGCCAAACCGCUUGCCCAUCUCUGGCAGAACAAACCUUCCAAUUUCCAGAUGGAGAGAGAAUACAAUCUGACGAUGUCUCAAGUGCCUCCGCAUUGCUCGGUCUGCAUGCUCUUCCGGACAUACUAUCAGUCUGAGGGUGGAGGACAGAAAAAGACUGAGCAGAACCCUGUUGGAUUCCAAUUGAAGACCAAGCCCCUUAUCCCAGAGAUGUGCUUUACAACCACUGGUAGCAAUGCUGAGCUCAACCUGUCUGUACCGUUCCUGGAGGAGGACGGGACCAGCCUGCUGGUGACCUGUAAAUCCUGCAGCGUCUGUGUGCAUACCAGUUGCUAUGGAGUGCCCAAAGACAAAGCUGUAGACGGCUGGCUCUGUUCCAGGUGUGAAGAGAAUGCUAUCACGGAGGACUGCUGCCUCUGUUCCCUGCGUGGCGGAGCCCUGCAGAAAGCCAAUGACAACAGGUGGGUACAUGUGAUGUGCGCCGUGGCGGUCGCCGAAGCAAAAUUUGUGAACAUCGCAGAGAGGCGUCCCGUGGACAUCAGUAAAAUACCAUUGAUGAGAUUCAGGCUGAAAUGUGCUUUCUGCAAGAAGAGACGGAAGCGGGUGGCUGGGUGUUGCGUUCAGUGCUCCCACGGGCGCUGCCCCACUUCAUUCCAUGCCUCCUGUGCCCAGGCUGCUGGCGUGAUGAUGCAGCCUGAUGACUGGCCCUUUGUGGUGUUCAUAACCUGCUUCAGACAUAAAUCCUCCAACAAUGAGGGCAAAGACUCUCACCGAGACAUUGUACUGGGACAGACUGUGAUCAGCAAGCACAAAAAUGGCCGCUAUUACCAGUGUGAGGUGGUGAAGUUGAUGAAGGAGACGUUCUAUGAGGUCAAUUUUGAUGACGGCUCUUUUAGUGACAACCUUUAUCCAGAGGAUAUUGUGAGCCGUGACUGUCUCAAUUUGGGUCCCCCACCUGCUGGCGAUACUGUCCAGGUCCGUUGGACAGAUGGACUCGUCUAUGGAGCCAAGUUUGUUGCAUCUCACACGAUUCAGAUGUACCAGGUGGAGUUUGAAGAUGAAUCACAGCUAUCUGCAAAGAGAGAUGACGUGUACACUCUCGAUGAGGAUUUGCCAAAGAGAGUAAAGACCCGUCUGUCUGUGGCAUCUGACAUGCGUUUUACAGAAAUCUUCACAGAAAAGGAAGUGAAACAAGAAGUGAAACGACAAAGGGUCAUCAACUCGCGGUAUCGAGAGGAUUACAUCGAGCCAGCUCUUUACCGCGCAAUCAUGGAGUGAUACUGCCGCAUACGCCCCUCUCCUUCAUGGUUCUGGGGGGGGGCAAAACACCAUUGGCCAAUCGUCUCCUGCUGACUUGAUCUCCAUGACUGGACACUUUUCACUUUUGAAUAAAAUAUGAAUUUAAAAAAACAACCCUGCCCUCUCUUGUAAAGCAUGAUGGUAACGGACACCUGGGGGGACCUGUCCUGGCGCCCUGCAUCGGAUCUCUUGGACUCACCGGUAUUUCAGAUUGUGCCGGGAGAUUGCAGUGGACUUGCAGGCACGUUAAACUACCUUCGUAACAGUGUUACCCGUGAUCUCCUUUUCAGAGAUGCAGACUCCUCCUUCGCACAGGACCCGCGGCAACAAUUUUGCCAGGGAGCUUUUGAGCCGAAGUCGAUCGACCUUAAUAUAUAUAUAUAUAUAAUUGCCCCACUUUUGAGAAACUGCAGUCGCUUUGUGUUUUUCUUCCUUCCCAGAUCCUGGCUUUGUUUUGAUAAAUUUUGCAUUAGAAAGCUGGACUUUUUUUUUUUUUCAUAUUUAAGCAGAACUCUGACCGCAGAUGAAAUGAUGCGCAGGUUUCCUGUAUAUGCUUCUUAGUUAAGAUGAACUUCUCCUUUGAAAACACGGUUACAAUGUAUUCACUGUGGACGGGGUAAAUAUUAGACCUUUUUAAGUGUCUACCUCUAACAAUCAAGUUUGUUGUGAAAUGGUCAAUAUUUAUAAAUCCCCAUUUUCCGGAUUAACAGAACGCAUUGGCAAUGUGAGCAAGUCUUUUGUGAUACAUUUGCCCUCAGGCCCAUUCUGUCUUAACGAGGAACCUCACUGCCUUUUUAAUUCACGUAAAUGAGCUUCGAACACGUUUACAAAUUGUGUACCCCAGAUUACAAUUGCACCUAAACUACUAAUUCGGAAUUUACCAGCAUUUGGACUACUGUGAAGAACAGUAUAGAAUAUUCCCACCAAAAAUAUUGAUUGUUGUGGGCGAAGUGGUCGGUGUGUUACGAAUUAGUCAGUAACCAUAUGUUCUAAACUACCGUAAAACAAAGUGGUCUGAAAAGUCCUAUUUUAUUAAAGAUCAUUCCCUUUCAUCUUCAGAAAGUCCUUUUAAAGAGUAUAUUUAUAAUGAAAUGUUUGUAGGGGUAGUACUUUCUCGCAGAAUGACGGAGGUAGUCGGUGGCCGUUUUCUAAUGAAUUAGCAUUGUGUAGGUGAAAAUGUAUAAUACUUUGCAGGUCAACCAUAUUGUAGUGUCGGAUGUUGUCAAUGCCUCGCUGAUGGGUAUCUGGAGAACUCCGAAAGUAGACUGAAGAGGAGGCGGAGGGGCUGUCGCAGACCCAGAACCUCUCAUCGGAUAGGAGCUGGACUGUUAUCGCCCUAAACAUUUUUUUUAACCGCCCCCUGAUUUUGCGUUCGCUUUCCCCAUGUGGGUGGGGUUUUUUGUUUGUUUUUCAGCAUUAAACCCUUUCUGAACACAAAAAAAAUACACAGGAAAAGACUGCUUAUUUUUCUUUAAACCUUAAAUUAUAUGGCAAGGUAGAGCAUUAAUUUUAGCAAUAAACUGUGUGGUGUGCAGCUUUUGUGUCUGAAUAUUAUUUGAAUAUAUGUGGUAUUUAAAUAAAAAAAAUAUUACUCUGUA